CCACGCCGAGCCGGGCAAGCGUCUUCUGCCGGACGUCGCGGAAACACUCUUUUAACCGCCUUUACGGACUUCCGGUGUCGGGCGGGCAGGACUAUGCGGCCAGGUGUGCUGCAGGUGCGCAGUCGCCUGCAGGUCAAUUAGCGGCUAACUAGGACGCCUUCACCGGGGGAGAGGGGGCUUCUCCUCGCCUGGACGCCCGCGGAGCCGCGACGUCUCUCGGCCCGCAGGGGAGCGACGAGACAUGACGGCCGAGGUGGACGACUCGGAUUUCAGGAGAGUUCCCGAAGUGGAAGAGGACGCGAAUAAAGAGGUCGGAAAGGAGACUCCGGACCAAGGAGACGAUGACGACUGCGAAGACGAGAAGGGGAGAAAGACUGAGUCAGAACCUGCGGAAAAACGGAGAAAGAAGAGCACACCCGGCGUUCAAAAACGAGAGAAAAACAAGCUGGACCACAUCCUCUGCCCCCCCGCCCUCAGGAAGUCCAGCAACCCCGAGCUGGCUCCCGGUCUGAGUCCGGCUCUCAGACUGAAGCGCCACCUCAGCGAGGAGGGGAACAACAUAAGGAGGCGGAGCCUGGGAGGCGGUCUCACAGGAAAGUAUCUUCUGCUGCCCGCCCACUCCCAGCCCACAACGUGGCAGCCCUCAUCCUCAUCUGAGACCUCCAACCUGGUCCGCAUGCGCUCCCUCAACCUGGGCAAGUCGGACCCCUCCCUGACCUCCAGCCCGAAAGAGCUGAGUCUUCCCAGAAGAGGCAGUCUCUGCAGAACCAGCAACAGAAAGAGUCUGAUCGGAAGCGGACAGCCGACGGGUCUCCCCCGACCGCACUCGCCGCUCUCGUCCCUGACAGGCUCCAGUCCACAGGAUAGUCCCAGGAACUUCUCUCCCAGCGCCUCCGCUCAUUUCUCCUUUGCACGAAGGAGCGAUGGUCGCCGCUGGUCCCUGGCCUCCCUUCCCUCCUCCGGAUAUGGCACCAACACGCCCAGCUCCACCGUCUCUUCGUCCUGUUCAUCACAGGAGAAGCUGCACCAGCUGCCCUUCCAGCCCACGCCCGACGAACUGCACUUCCUGUCCAAACACUUCUGCACCGAGAGCAUCUCCACCGACGAGUGUCGCCGCGCCACCGCCAUGCGGCCGCGCUCUCGCAGCCUCAGCCCCGGGAGAUCUCCUUCCUGUUACGACCACGAGAUCAUCAUGAUGAACCACGUCUACAAGGAGCGCUUCCCCAAGGCCACGGCCCAAAUGGAGGAGAAGAUCCAGGAGAUCAUCCGCAGCAGUUCUCCAGAGAUGGUCCUCCCGCUGGCCGACGGCGUGCUGGGCUUUGCCCACCAUCAGAUCAUCGAGCUGGCCAGAGACUGCCUGGAGAAGAGCCGGCAGGACCUCAUCACUUCUAGCUACUUCUGUGAGCUCACUGACAAGCUGGAGAGGCUGGUGCAGGAGUCCACCGAGAGGUCGGAGAGCGAGGAGGUCAACUUCAUCCGAGACCUGGCCAAGAAGAUCCUCAUCGUCAUCGCUCGACCCGCUCGACUGCUGGAAUGUCUGGAGUUUGACCCCGAGGAGUUCUACCACCUCCUGGAGGCGGCUGAGGGCCACGCCAAGGUGGGCCAGGGCAUCAAGACCGACAUCCCGCGUUACAUCAUCAGCCAGCUGGGACUCACGCGGGACCCUUUAGAAGAGAUGGCCCAGCUGAGCGGUGGUGGUGACAGCGGUGUGGCGGAGACGGACGACUGCGCCCAGGGUCUGAGUGCCGCCUUGAGGUGCAGACGCAAACCCUGUGAACUGGACUUUGAGUUGACCAAGCUCAUCAGCAACGGCGCCUACGGAGCCGUCUAUCUGGUUCGCCACAAGGAGACCAAGCAGCGCUUCGCCAUGAAGAAGAUCAACAAGCAGAACCUGAUCCUGAGGAACCAGAUCCAGCAGGCCUUCGUGGAGCGCGACAUCCUCACCUUCGCCGAGAACCCCUUCGUGGUGUCCAUGUUCUGCUCCUUCGAGACGCGCCGCCACCUGUGCAUGGUCAUGGAGUACGUGGAAGGCGGAGACUGUGCCACCCUGCUGAAGAACAUGGGCCCCCUGCCCGUGGACAUGGCCAGGAUGUACUUUGCCGAGACGGUGUUGGCCCUGGAGUACCUGCACAACUACGGCAUCGUGCACCGCGACCUCAAGCCUGACAAUCUGCUGGUGACGUCCAUGGGUCACAUCAAGCUGACGGACUUCGGUCUGUCCAAGGUGGGUCUGAUGAACAUGACCACCAACAUCUACGAGGGUCACAUCGAGAAAGACGCCAGAGAGUUCUCCGACAAGCAGGUGUGCGGAACGCCAGAGUACAUCGCCCCCGAGGUGAUCCUGAGGCAAGGCUACGGCAAGCCAGUGGACUGGUGGGCCAUGGGCAUCAUCCUCUACGAGUUCCUGGUGGGCUGCGUGCCCUUCUUCGGGGACACGCCCGAGGAUCUGUUCGGACAGGUCAUCAGCGACCAGAUCAACUGGCCCGAGGGAGAGGAAGCUCCGCCUCCUGACGCCCAGGAGAUCAUCACGCUGCUGCUCCGACAGAACCCUCUGGAGAGGAUGGGCGCAGGUGGCGCCGGCGAGGUGAAGCAGCACUCCUUCUUCCACCACCUGGACUGGAACGGCCUCCUGCGGCAAAAAGCCGAGUUCAUCCCCCAGCUGGAGUCCGAGGACGACACCAGCUACUUCGACAGUCCGUCUUUUCAACAAAAAUAACUAUUUUAAGCGUGUAAAAUAUUUAAAAAUGUCGUCUUUUCC